CUCUUACUCACACAGUAAACAAUCACGUUGAACCAUCAAAUUUUUGCCGUCCAGUUUCGAGCGGUGUUUGCGACGCGCCUCUGCAACACUUUCAGAUACGCAGAAAGCCACUCACACUCUCCAUCUGCUGCACACUAGUGUCUGUAACAGCAAUCUGCUUUAAUUCGGUGGAUGGAUUCACAUUAACGAGCAGCACCUUUGCCAUUUCGACGCAACAUCUCAUUGUGAUGCUGAUGAAGUUGGUUUAGAGUUUUGGCCUACCUCGUACCACACCCACCAACGGACCACUCUUCUGGAUGAGACUCUGACACCUUUCCUCCAUCACAGCCCUGCACAGCCAGCGUUGUGAAGCAGCUGCACCUUCCUGAGCUCUCAGCAGCUCGUGCAUUUGGCUGAAAUAUUCAGCCCAGUUCCCAGCGUUACCUUGCAUGUAUAAUUACCGGAUAUGCUGCCUGCUGCUGAUAACUCUCCCAAACAAUGUUUGAAGGGGGGAAGGAGGCGAUGAAUUCCCAGUGAAGUGUGAAAAAGACUGAUUAAAAUUGCCGUGGUCAAAAGCCAGCUCCAGUGUGUUCUGCUCUCAUGGACCAGGGGAGAUGGGGAGACGGGCGCUGCAGCUGAGAUAGCAAACCCCGUUUCUCUGCCUUCAGCUCACAGGAAUACAAGUCUGGUUUCUAGUUUGGUCCACAGUCACGAGGAUAUUGGCAAUUGCGUUUAUGUUUUGGCCGUUGUACGCUCCACAUGUAGAAUACAGCGUCUUAAUCAAGUCGUGCUCCACCUGCAUCAGGCUCGCUCAGCCAGGUCUCGGCUGACUCGGUCCAGGAGAGGUUUCCAGAGUGAGCUUUACGAGUAUUUCACCCAACUCUGUGGAUACGUUUCACCUCAUUUUUAUUAUGUCUAAUUUGUGAAAAUAUUCGUUAAACUCAAAGAAAGAUUUCUGUUUUCUUCGGAGUGGGGGUGUGUGGGUUAGUUUUACCUAACCUGGUAGAACGUCACCAGAGCGAGAGAAUCUCACUGUUCUGAACCAAACACGGUUCAGUCUGCUGGUGACUUGGAGGAAAGACAAAGCGAUGCCCGCAUGAAGCUAAAUCAGAUUCAUUUAGAGUCGAGCAGAAAAGAAAGAUUCAUUAUUAUGAAGAGAAACUUGAUGACAUCAUUAACUUGUGCCUUUUGGACCAGCCUUGUUCCAGGGCUUCCAAUAAAACACUUGUGCUCCAGUGAAAGAGCAAAAGAUUCAUUUACUGAGUGAGAAUAACAGAUAAAAUGUGUUCCUGCGGAGCGGCUCGGUACGUCUUUACUUAAACCGAAACAAAAGGCUUUAAGCAGGAAAGUAGAAAUGCAUUGAAACACUAUAGAGUGUGUAAUUGGAAAAAUUUCCAAUAGAAGUAGAACAAAUAUUUAACUGCAAACCUACUAAUUAACUUUCCACAGACGCUCGGCUGAAGAAGCUGCUGAGUGAGCUCAGAUUUGUGGAACGUAGUUGAGCUUAUUCAGGGCUUAUUUAGAAGAAACGCCAGUUUAAUAUCGGUCGUCCUCAUGAGCAGAUCCCCUUUAGUUCUAGAGGAAAACGUGUGGUUUUAAAGGCGUCUGCACUUAUCUGAAGGAGUUUAAAUCAGCCUUUGUGUUCGUUUAAGACUUGAUGAGCGAUGAUAACCGUCAGAUAGCCCGACUUACUCUGAUGAGUGAAAUUCAGCCUGAUCAUGUCCUGAAUCUUUGCCUUCUUCUUCAGAUUGCCUCCAUUGUUUACUACUUUCAUUUCAUUUCACUGGUACGAGAUAAACACCUUUGAUUUUUCUUUUUUGCACCAGUUGACUGCUUGAUGACACACGCUGUAAAAAUACACCGUUGGAGUAUAUAUUUAUUUGUGUCUGCACAUGUGUGCAGCUGUGUGGGCGUCCAGGAGCGUAUUUGCAGAGGGAGAGGGGGAUGGCGUCUCAUUGGAGGUGUGUGGGCGUCAGGCUCAGGGCACCUAAUUACAGCCGCGGCUCCCACAGCCUGCCUGCUUCUCCCUCAGCCCCCAUGUUUGGGUGCAUCUUCCUGGCUGAGUUAGAUGAGACGCUCCCUUCGUCUCCCAAGCUUUGGUCUCAGGAGGGCUCCACCUAAGCACAAAGCUCGCUGGUGUCUGAUUAGCCGGCUCAAAUGAGAUCCCCAGCUAGCGGUCUGUACUGUCAUUCUCUCAGCUGACGGUUAGACGGGCUGCCAGACAGCCACCCGGCAUGUUUAGCUUGUUAGCUUGAUCAGGAGACUUCUAUAUCAUGUCUAGCAAACAGUGGAAUUACAAAUCUGUUGGGACCUCAUUUGGGAUCCUCUUGUUGGGGAGCUAGUGCCAGCUAGCUAGCUAUUUACCUCAGGGCUAACAAGCUUUGGCUAGCACAGGGAGGGUCAUCUUUUAUUUAUUUUUUAUUUCUUGCACGGUUUAAUAAUUGGUGGUUAUUAGUGAGCGUGCUGGAAGCCGGUUAGCCCCUUCCUUCCUAAAACAACAGUCGCUCUCUUUCAUGUCAUUUCAGAGGCUUAUAGUGGGGGUUGGUUGUUAUUUUUCCGUGCCAACAGUGCACGGUUGAAACCGGGCACACUUUAAAACACCACACAGCUGCCUUCUCUGCAUCUGGGCAACAGACUGAAAGAGAAGGGAGAACGGAACGAGGAGGAGGGGAUCGGUGCGGGGAGAGCACGAGGGAAGAGGAGGAAACAAAGGCUGACACAGAUAACAUCUAUCAGCACAGCAGAAACAUGGACUGGGUUUAUCAUUAUAAAUAGACCGAUCCCCCCCGCCAAACUCAUCCCCAGCUUUCCCUUCCAAAAGCUGGAAACCACUAACUGGGCCAGUCCACUACAGGGAUUAGCGACGGAGCUGCAGAAGCAUUUAAGCGUGCUCACAGUGAGCUCUGCUGCGUUUACUGUGGGAGUGAUGGUAAACACAAACACCGAGGUGUCACGGAGAAGAAAGCAGCGACGCCGUACCUCGUUGUUUUAAAGACAGCACGCCACGUGGAAUUUGCAUUCAGCAGAGGAGACGCGUUACAGAGAGAAUGCAAUAUUGCAGCAUUGCAUUAAAACACCCUAUUUAAGAUUUAAUGCAGAGGAAUGUUCUGGGGGGAGCUCCAGGAAGCUCCACAGGCUGAACAUACUUAUGAUGCAUGAAGGAAGCGUGGAAAAGCACAGAAUGGGACUGAUUGCUUCAAUAAGAAGUUCUAGCAAUCUUUACGAAAAGGACAUUUUCUCUGGUGUGUGUGCUUGGUAGACGUGAUACGUACAAAACGUGGAUCUCAGAUGUCAGAAAUGCUGAAAAGGGAAUUAUACACGCUGUUAUCAUCUGACAAUAUUCAAAGGCCCCUCGCGCCACAGCAAGCGUGUUUUCUCCUCAUCGCUCUCUCCGUGCCCCUCUCUCACUCCGCUCUUCUUUUGUUCUGCCUCUAUUAGAGUCGUCCUUGACUGCCGAGUCAGUGUGCAGUGCAGUCUUUGCUUGAGAGGAGCCAGUCAAAUGUUCUCUCGCUCCCCCGUUGGGACAAGAAUAGGAGAGGACACGGUGAGGGUGGUGGGGGGAGGCGUGAGAGAUGGAGAUGGUUGUGGAGUUCAUACUUUCAUUCAGCAAACAUCUUCUCGAGGCUACGGAGGGCUGAGAGUGAGGCAGGAGCAUCAGCAGGGAGUUGGUGUGAUGACUCAGCAUCGGGAAAUGGCAACGCUCGGGGCGUCCUGGUUGGAAAGACGAUGAAUGAAGAGUCACAGUCGGCCGGGAGAGACAACCUGCAUGAAUUAGAAUGCUUCGAGCACUGAGUGUAGCGCUCUGUCCCGGAGUCAGCUCCUCGUUAGGAUGGGGGUUAUGCUGGGUUUAACGAUCUGCAUGGACUCUGGUUAAUCACGUCUGAGGCAAUCCUCACGGCCCCAUUCGACCUGAAGCGGCGUGUGACCAACCUAGUGGUGGACCUGCAUGCCACCCUCUCGCUGGCCUCUCAGAUGAAUGCAGUGGUCAGAUCUUGUUUUUUCCAGCUGCGCUGACCGGUUCGCUCCAGCCUGAUCCUGAAACCGGCGCACCUGGAAUCUGUAAUUCACGCCGUCAUCAUCUCCCGCUUGGAUUUGGCGUUCCAGCCUCUGCUCUUAACGGGCUUCAGAAAAUGAGCUUGGAGGAGACGUGGUGAGCCAUUCCUCUCCUGCUGAACGUCUGUGCGUCACGGUGGCAGAAGGAGUCGGGACCACAGAAGUGUCUGAAGCCCAGAACAUUUCAGAUGGAGGUGGAAGCAGACGAUAAGCGUCAUCGCACACGCUCCAAAGUGCCUGUGGAUCCAGCAUUAACAGAGCUGUUCAGCGUGUACGGCUGCCCACUGGCCAAGAAGAGGAAGAGUCUAGACAGACAAACUCUGGAGACGUCUCCAAAGAGGAGCACCUACCUGGAUGACAUGGACAACUCCACAAUGGAGGAGUGCUAUGAGACGGACGGGACUGAAGAGAUGGAUGACAGGGAGGAAGAGGAGGAGGAGGGAGCUGUGGAGGAGGAGGGAGAAGUAGAGGAAGAGGAGGAAGAUGUGGAAGGCUACAUGGAUUAUAAUGAGGAACAAAUGGAGCACGGAGAUGGUGAGGAGGACGACAGAGGGGAUGGAGAGGAAGAAGAGGAGGUAGAGGUGGAGCAAGAAGAGGAGGAGGAGGAAGGUGAUGAAGUGAGGGAGGAGGAGGAGGAGGAGGAAACGAUAGAGGAGGUGGAUUAUGAAGAUGGAGAAGAGGAGGAGGGGGAACAUAAUCAUGAGCAAGAGGACGAUCAGAUGAGCACGGGCGAGGGGCAUGGCGGCCUUGGCGGCGGCAGCGGGAAGUCCGGCCCUGCGGCGGAGAAGGACGACAACAACAACGACGAGUACGAAAACUACGACGAGCUCGUGGCCAAGUCCCUCCUCAACCUGGGCAAGAUCGCGGAGGACGCCGCCAACCGUGCCAUGACCGAGUCAGAGAUGAACAGCAACUCGUCCAACAGUGCCGAGGAUGAGGAGGAUGAGGAGGAGGAGGAAGAGGAGGAGGAGGAGGAUGAAGAGGAGGAAGAGGAGGAGGAGGAGGAAGAAGAGGAGGAGGAGGAGGAGGAUGAAGCGGAGGAGACGCAGCGGGAAGAUUUGAGUUUGGAUGUUGACAGUGACGUAGUUCGGGAAACGGUGGACUCCCUUAAACUGCUGGCACAGGGUCACGGGGCGGUUCUGUCCGACAGCUUAGACGGACAAGAGUUUCAGAACAGUGCCGCCGGGAUUAGAGACGAGACCGACUGCUCCCACGGGGGGAACCCACACAACGGUGGAAACGGACAAAUUAGGACCAGCAGUAAUGGACAAAUAGAAAACAGUGAUGAGGAAGUGUGUUUGAGCAGUCUGGAGUGCCUACGGAACCAAUGCUUUGACUUGGCUCGGAAACUAAGUGAAACAAAGUCCGUCGAUCGAAACGGACCGACCCAGCUAAACCAUUAUGCAUGCGGGGACCCUAAUCAGCAGCCCCAGCAUCACGGCUACGGAGACUUUCACAGUCGCCAAGAUGACAGACGGUUACUCGACAGGAACUAUUCCGACAUGGACAAUCUCAUGAAGCUGGAGGAGCAGCUGAGCCCACGCUCCAAGGCUUUCUCCAGUUGUGCACACGAUGAGAGGUAUCACACCCACAACCACAGGGACUUUGACGAGGACACGGCCUCCGUGACUUCAGACCGAUCGGAGGAAGUGUUCGACAUGACGAAAGGAAAUCUGUCCCUGCUGGAGAAGGCGAUUGCGCUGGAGUCGGAACGUGCCAAGGCGAUGCGGGAUAAAAUAGCAGCAGAGGCGGCGAGAAGAGAGGGAGUGAGGUACACUCAUGAGGACCACGGCUCACGGCACGGGUACGGGGUUGAGCGUAAAGCGCGGCUUCCGGAUGGCAUGAAGAAGCCUUUCUUCCACAAAGACGCGUCACGUGCAGACAAGAAGGAAAGCAGGUGUCCGACGCCCGGCUGUGACGGUACAGGUCAUGUGACGGGCCUGUACCCCCACCAUCGCAGCCUCUCGGGUUGUCCCCACAAAGACAGAGUUCCACCAGAAAUUGUGGCAAUGUAUGAGAAUGUUCUUAAGUGUCCUACGCCUGGCUGCACGGGACGCGGCCAUGUCAAUAGCAACCGAAACUCUCACAGAAGUUUAUCAGGAUGUCCCAUCGCUGCUGCGGAGAAGCUGGCCAAAGCCCAGGAGAAGCAUCAGAGCUGCACCGGUCCAAAGUCCAGCCAAGCCUCAGACAGAGUCCUAAGGCCUAUGUGCUUUGUCAAACAACUGGACUAUCCACAGUAUGGUUACAAGAACAAUGUUUCCACCAGCACGCCCCGCUCCAACCUGGCCAAGGAACUGGAGAAGUACUCCAAGACCAGCUUCGACUACAGCGCCUUCGACAGCAGCAACAACCACCAGGUGUACGGGAAGAGGGCCAUCGCACCCAAAGUUCACGGGCAGAGGGACACCUCGCCCAAAGGAUAUGACGCCAAACGAUACUGCAAGAACUCCAGCUCGGCCAGCAGCACCACCAGCACCUACGCCCCCAGCAGCAGCAACAGCAGCCUGAGCUGUGGCGUUGGCGUUGGAGGUACCGGCGGAGGCGGAGGAGGGGGGGGCAGCAGCGCCAGCAGCACGUGCAGCAAAAGCAGCUUCGACUACACGCACGACAUGGAGGCCGCCCACAUGGCGGCGACCGCCAUCCUCAACCUCUCCACUCGCUGCCGGGAGAUGCCCCAUGGGAUGGGGGGGAAGCCUCCGGAUCUGUGCUCACAGAGUCCUGGUCUCGAUGUUGAUGAAAACGGUACGUUGGACCUGAGUAUGAGCAAGAGUCUGUGUGGCGGCGGCGCGGGGGACUCGGUGCUCACCCCGCUAGAGCCCAUGUCCCCACAGAGGCAAGCUGCACUACUGGGCUCCCGCUGCUAUGGCAUGGGGGACGCUGCAGACUGCUGGGACCUGCCUGUCGACUACACCAAGAUCAAACACAUAGAUGAGGACGAUAAAGAGCCCGAUGACCUGGACCCCUUCCAUGACCUCCUGGACGAUCGAUCCUACACCGCGGAUGUUAACAUGCCCAGCCCCAAGCCCAAGUACGCCCAGUGCAAGGAGAGUAAGAAGGACCUGAUAACAUGUCCCACACCGGGGUGUGAUGGAAGUGGUCACUUGACGAGCAAUUUCGCCUCACAUCGAAGCCUCUCAGGUUGUCCUUUAGCCGAUAAAAGCAUUCGGAGCAUGCUGGCCAACAACGCACAAGAGCUCAAGUGCCCGACACCGGGAUGCGACGGUUCGGGACACAUCACUGGCAACUACGCCUCACACAGAAGUCUUUCAGGUUGUCCGCGGGCCAGGAAAAGCGGGAUAAAGAUCAUCCACAGUAAAGAGAAUAAAGAGGACCAGGAGCCCAUCAGGUGUCCAGUCCCCGGCUGUGAUGGUCAGGGACACGUGACGGGGAAAUAUGCGUCCCACAGAAGUGCAUCGGGAUGUCCCAUCGCAGCCAAAAGACAAAAGGACGGCUACCUCAACGGUAUUCAGUUCACAUGGAAGUCCGGGAAGACGGAGGGAAUGUCCUGCCCGACGCCAGGCUGCGAUGGCUCGGGGCACGUCAGCGGCAGCUUCCUGACCCAUCGAAGUCUGUCGGGUUGUCCACGUGCCACCUCCGCCAUGAGGAAAGCCAGGCUCUCGGGAGUGGAGAUGCUAACAAUAAAGCAGCAACGCGCCAGUAAUGGGCUGGAGCACGACGACGACAUCAAGCAGCUGGAUGAAGAAAUCAAAGAUUUAAGUGAGUCCAAUUCACAAGUGGAGACGGACAUGAUCAAACUCAGAACACAGAUCACAACAAUGGAGUCCAGCUUGAAGUCCAUAGAGGAGGAAAACAAGAAACCGCUGGCAGACAAAGAGCUUCCUCUGAGGAAUAACAGCUGCUUACAGAUGCACCAGCAAGAGUCCCUAAGUGAGCAGAACUUUGACGCCUACGUCACCACGCUAACGGACAUGUACACGAACCAGGACCAGUACCAGAGCGCGGAGAACAAGGCCCUGCUGGAAAACAUCAAGCAAGCGGUUCAAGGGAUCCAAGUGUAGCGGCUCGGCGGAGGGAGGCUUUUGGUUCCUCCGACGGACGGAGACGCAUGCAGUGACCGCUUGACCUCCUCGGCUCGGUGCAGUCAUUUAUAUAGUGUUAAACAUUCUAAUUCCCUGGAGAAUAGGAGGAGUUUCGCUUAGGAAGACCUCAAGACAACCUCCUUCUUUCUUUUGGGGUCGUGCUUUGAGGAAGAGCGUAAAAGGAGUAAAUCGCAAAAUAGUUUUUGAGGACAUUCACAUUUUGUACGUUUUCAUAUGAGCUGACAUGGCGUCAUGUAAUGUUUCUAGCUGCUCAUGUAUGCACAUUUUAGUGUAUACCCCUGAACAGUGAGCUGACGAUGGCGGAGGUUCUUUUUAUCGCUCGACGACGAAGCGUUUAGAUGAAAACCGUGAACAGUGAAACAAAAAUAAAAAACACAAGCAAGGAAGAUGCUUAUUUUUCUCCUCGGCGGAUGAGUUUGACCUGUUUGCUUUUCUUUCUUUGUCCUCUUCUUCUUGCGUGUAGAUCGUUCUAAGAGUAAGAACUGGUUUGUGAAUUGCUUUAUUUUCUGAAAAUGCUUGAGGAACACUUGUGCUUUUGUUUUGAUGGAGAGUACAGAUGUGUCGCUGUGGGUGGGGAGGCGUUUUCUUACGUCGGUGCUGUACGUGAAUCCGGAGAAGAGGAGUCUGUAUGAAUGUAUGAAUGAACAGUUAUAUUGUAAACAUCAUUACACGGAAACCCGAUGGUGGAAAUCCCAUUACUGCACCAAACAGCGCCGAUUAUCUCCUGCAGGAACGUGGCGUGCAUGUUCCCGCCGCUCAUCCUAAAUUAGUCUGAGGUAGAAACCACGUGUAAAGACAAUGACCUACAUUUUAGCCUUUCUACUGCUGAAUUUGCUUAAUUAUGUGUUGAAAUAUCUCAGCAAUAUGAUGACAAAAAUCACUUGUUUAUAGGAGGUGUGUGCGAUGCAAUCUGCAAGAGGAAAAAUACAAAAAAACAAGGUUGGGUAUAUGCAAUUUCCUGUUUCUAAGCAUAGCCGGGUAACAUGAAUCUUUUUAAAAUAUCCUAUGUAAAAUAUUGAUUUUUAUACAAAUCUUUUAAUACAAAAAGUCUUUUUAAAAAAGAGGAGGGAACCUGGACAUUGAGUUUUAGAUGCAAAAGUCUGAGUUCAACAUUUUUUCUGUACGAUUUUGCACAGGGACGCCUUCGUUUCCAUGUUUUGAUGUUCUUACAGAAACUAAAAGCAGUACCCAAGAGCCUGAGGAGAGGGUUUCCGAGGGUCUUUUUGUAAAGAGUAUUUAUAGAGAGCGGGACUUACAGGGUCACUGUCCCCACUUAUGUGCCAGAAGACUAUUUGCACUUGUCCUUGAAGAUAUUAUCCCUACGUAUGGCGGCGUGCAAUGUUUUUUUCCAGAUGACCUCUUUGGCACACGACUGGAGCAACCAACCGCUUGGAGCCAGUGCAGGCGUGGAUUCCCACCACCGAGAGGAAGAACAGGGACUCUGAAAUCAGACAAGAGGACGAUGUCGUGCUGUAGGCUGUUCUCAAGUGUACAAAACAUUCAAGUUGUUUCGGUUUUGCUAUGUUUUAGGAAGAUUAAGUUACCCCCAGCAGCACUUUAUAUCUAAUCACUGUACAAAGAAUUAAACAGUCAAUCAAUUCAAGGUUUUAAAAAAAACAAUGAAAAUGAUUUAAAAACAUUUUUAAAAAGAUGAGGCAAAAGCGUGGAGACCUUCGCGGGGCGAUGCAAUCCAGCAGCAUCUGGGAAUACGCACCCUCCGUUCUGUCAGCGUAGCUGUUAGCGACCAUGUUCAGAAUCUGCCUUUUCCAGAGCGAACGCAACCGGUGCUCGUGGUCCGCCCCACUCAAUCUCGUAGUGUACUUCAGCGUCCGCCUGUAGGACUCUACCACCCGUCAUCCAUGACUGCAUUGGCCUUUCUCCACAGCAUCGUGUCUGCAGCUUUUUGCCAACAUAGUAACGCUUCAGUAGAGUAAUAGCUAGUACCAGUUUUUGGAUUAAUUCUCAUUAGCAGUGAAAAUGGAAAAAGGGACUUUAAAGCACAAACCAGCUGCUCGUUGGUGCAUAAAUAACAAACCUGAGAGGUUGUCCGUGACUAUCUAAAGGGAAGACAAACAGGUCGUCACAUAUUUAGAAUGCUGAAUUUUCAUAUAAAUUAUUGUGAAUUCAUCAGAGUUUAUUAUUUUAUUGGAGCCGGUUCAUCUGGAGGUUGGUUUGCGUGGCCAUCGACGAAGACGGGGUUUUGUAUAAACUAUCGUGCUCUCUGUGGAACUGAAGUUUGAUUUAUUUUUGUACUACACAGCAUGGAUUUGUUGACAUUUUAAUUUUGCUAUAAAUGUGUGAAAUCACAAGUUGCUGUGAUAUUUCAUUUAUAAAUUGUGAACUUUGUACAAUUUUUGUCAUGCUGGAUGUUGACACAUCUUACUCAGAAUAAAGGAAAAAAAUGUGUUGCCAGAGGCCUGAAAAA